AUUAUACGCAUACCUGUAUAUAUAUAUCUUAACUGGAAACUAACCAAUCUUACAAUUCGCAUUUCAUCAUCAAAUGGCUAGAUAGAAAUUAUAAGACUCGAAGAAGGACGUUGUUUCAGCGUUGCAAGUGUUUUGGUUAUUGGGUAUUGACUUUGAAAAAGAGAAGUAAUGUGGGAUCUAAACGGGUCUCCCGAUCGGAGAAGGAGAGACGAAGACGAAGGUGAGGGGUGUUCUUCAGCGCCGGUGGUAGGGGAGGAGGAAUAUAAUAAUAUCAAGGGUAAAAGGGUUGGAGGAUCCGUGUCUAAUUCCAGCUCAUCGAUCAUAGUUGUCGAUCAGGACGACGGGUCCGACGUCGAUGAGGAUUCCGACGCCGGUGGUUUACAGAAACUCACAACCACCGGCGAUAGCAGGUUAUUCGGGUUCUCUAUGGCCGACAACUCAUCCUGGGACUACAAUCCGCCGGUCACUCAUCAGUUCUUCCCUUUGGACGACUCUGAAGUUGGGUCUACCACCUUCGUCGGAGCAGGUAGAGAGACGACGUCGUUGCCCACUACUUACCCUACGUCUAACUGGUUUGGGGUUAAAUUCUCCCACCCGUCAUCGGAGCCUUCAUGUUUCAGUGGUGGUGUUGCCGGUGGGAACAAUGGAUUUUCCGGGAAGGUCACCGAUGUUCCUCAGCCACUCAAGAAAAGCCGCCGUGGACCCCGGUCUAGAAGUUCUCAAUACCGUGGUGUCACCUUUUACCGGCGAACCGGCCGAUGGGAAUCACACAUAUGGGAUUGUGGGAAACAGGUGUAUCUUGGUGGAUUUGAUACAGCACAUGCAGCUGCACGUGCUUAUGAUAGGGCAGCCAUCAAGUUUCGGGGUGUGGAGGCUGACAUAAACUUCAUUCUUCAAGAUUAUGAAGACGACCUAAAACAGACGAGCAAUUUAACAAAGGAAGAGUUUGUGCAUGUACUUCGAAGACAAAGUACUGGUUUCCCUCGAGGCAGUUCAAAAUACCGAGGUGUUACAUUGCACAAAUGUGGCCGAUGGGAAGCUCGAAUGGGCCAAUUCUUGGGCAAAAAGUAUGUGUAUCUGGGUCUUUUUGACACUGAAGUUGAAGCUGCCAGGGCUUAUGAUAAAGCUGCAAUUAAAUGCAACGGGAAGGAUGCUGUUACAAAUUUUGAUUCCAGUACAUAUGAAAACGAGCUCAACUCCACGGAAUGCACGAACAAUAACGAUAAGAUCAUCAACGAGACUUCAUCAGAUCAUAAUCUUGAUUUGAGCUUAGGAGGUGGUUCAACCUCAAAUAAGCCAAGGAACAUAGAAUUUAGAGAUUAUCACCAAAUUCCAUCUAACUCCAUACAAUUUGGAUUUAGUAGACCUCCGGCAUCCGGGUCGGGUUGGUUUGAUGGAGGGAGAAGAGAAGGGUACAAUGAAACUGAAACAUUCCAGCUACUUAGUCAGACGCACCUUCAAUCUCCACCCGGAUCAUUUAUGGGUUACAGUGAAGGGCGUGGAUACGGGCAUUUUAUUCGACCCGCUAACCCGACUAUGCUUCAUACGUUCAACCCUACUUCUUUCAACUCACUGACUAAUCAUCAAAUGCAGUUUACGAGCAGCACCGCACACGGCGGAGGAAGUAAUCCAUCUCCACAUCAAAUGUAUGCAAAUAGUGCUGCAGCAUCAUCAGGAUUCCCCCAGCAAAGAUUUCACUUCCGACAACCACCUUAAAAUCCUCGGACGAUGGAAUUGGGCUCCAGGAAGAAAACCUAGUCAGGACAAAAGAACACAACUUUUUCUGUGUUAACAAAUGGAUCUCCACAUGAUGUUUUUUUAACCUAUGUUCUUUGACCAUGAAAUGAAGGUCGAUUUUGUGUUAAUUUUUUUUUAGUAUAAUCGAAGACGUUGACUAUUCAUAGUUGACAUGCUUAGCUAGGGUUAUCGAGUUAUAUAUGCAAGACAAAGGCAACAACAAAAUUCUAUUUCUUUUUAUUGUUUUUGUUUGAAAAUGGUUGGUGUAAAAAGUAGCUUAUUUUUUAUA